AUGCUGACAUCUAUUCUUCAGAGUCGUGACAUGGAAAAGUGGCAUUUAAGAGACAUUCUGGGGAUUUUCAACAAAGCUGUCUACGAAGACCUCUUAAGCAAGAUUGAUAAUGCAAACACAAUCCUGCGGACUUUACUACUAGAUCAUUCCCUUAUUCAAGAGAAGGCGCGAAAUCAAGCACGACACCCUUGGUCCCAUCUUCCUCGACGAUAUCAAAAGCGAAGAAAACAUGCAGAAGCCAUUUUUAACUCAAUCAUCAAAUCCUGCUGGAGCUGCCAGUGUGAGGAACAGCACUGCAUUCAUCUUCAGUUACCAACGAAUCCACUGAAAAGUCCCAAGGAUGCUCCUUACGAUGGCCAGUCACAGAUUCAUAUGAACUUCUCCAACAUAGGCCAGGAAAACAAGCCUACUUGGACUUGGACAGAGGUUGCUUCCCACCCUUGGGGCAAUGAAGAUGUUGUCUCGGUUACCACUCUAUCUCUUCGUGACAACCACACCACGCCCAAUGGCACAACCAAUACCCAAUCCUCUGAGCUGGCAGUCACCACACCUGCGUCCCCUAUCGAGAAUUUCUGCUCGUCACUAUACAUUACCGAAGCAAAUGCAAAACCAAAAAACAUCAAAAAAUGGGAGAUAAUCGGCCUAAUAUCCAAGGAAUUGGAUUCAUCCACCGGCUACAUCAUGCAUGCCGCAAAAGCACUUGCAAGCCCAGCACCUCAGAGUUCGUUAGAAAAUAUGAUAUCGCAAUUGAGUCGAUACGACCGCCUCCACAUAGCAGCCGGUCUAGCCUGCGCCGUUAUACAAUUCUGUGGAAACUGGCUGAAAUCCUGGUGGGACAGCUCUGAUAUCCACCUAACCGCCCACCAAAAUGGCUAUGAUAUACUCCUUGAUAGUGUAUAUCUAUCAUGGCCACUUUCCAUAACAGGAACGAGAAGAGCCAUCCCUGAGUCCGCUUGUCCGACUGUGGCACGUCCGUUCCUGAGCAAUAACUUGUUACUACCAUUAGGGGUUGCUUUGGUGGAACUGUCUCUCGGUAAAUCUCUAGAGUCGUUGCGGAUCCCACAAGAUGUGCAUCAGGAUAUCGAGGUAAUGAGGCGGACUACAGCUUUGAGGUUUAUGCCGAACGUUUAUCGUGAAAGUGGCACGCAUUAUGGUGAUGCGGUGGAGAGUUGUUUUUCUUGGUCAAGUUCUAACUCUUUGUGUGCUGAUAAGGGGAUUGAAGAGCAGGUUUUUCAUAGAAUCAUCUCCCCUCUUCUAAGGGACUUGAUUAGUUUCGACAGAUUGGUAUGA